GCCGGACUGAGUGGCCCACAGAGCUGCCCCGGGAGGUCGUCCAGUCUUAGGCUGUGCUGGCUCUGCCUCAAGCCGCCGGAGGAAGCGAAGGCCCCCGGUGCGUGCCGGCCACCGUCAUGCCCUCUGUGUCUCCCGUGGGGUCCUGGGCCCCGGCGGCCCCCAACGCCACGGCGGCGGAGGCCAACGUCAGCACGCCCGAGAAGCCCCUGUUCCACGUGUUUGCCCGGCUGGACGAGGAGCUGCAUGCCGCCUUCCCGGGCCUGUGGCUGGCACUGAUGGCCGUGCACGGCGUCAUCUUCCUGGCGGGGCUGGUGCUCAACGGGCUGGCGCUGUACGUCUUCUGCUGCCGCACCCAGGCCAAGACGCCAUCGGUCAUCUACACCAUCAACCUGGUGGUGACCGACCUGCUGGUGGGCCUGUCCCUGCCCACACGCUUCGCCGUCUUCUACGGCACCCGCGGCUGCCUGCAGUGCGCCUUCCCGCACGUCUUCGGUUACUUCCUCAACAUGCACUGCUCCAUCCUCUUCCUCACCUGCAUCUGCGUGGACCGCUACCUGGCCAUCGUGCAGCCCGAUGUUCCCCGCCGCUGGCGCCAGCCGGCCUGUGCCAGGGCCACGUGCGCCUUCGUGUGGCUGGCCGCGGGCGCCGUGACCCUGUCUGUGCUGGGCGUGACGGCCGGCGGUCGGCCCUGCUGCCGCGUGUUCGCGCUGACGGUGCUGGAGUUCCUGCUGCCGCUGCUGGUCAUCAGCGUGUUCACGGGCCGCAUCGUGUGCGCGCUGUCGCGGCCGGGCCUGCUGCGCCAGGGCCGCCAGCGCCGCGUGCGGGCCAUGCAGCUGCUGCUCACCGUGCUCGUCAUCUUCCUCGUCUGCUUCACGCCCUUCCACGCCCGCCAGGUGGCCGUGGCGCUGUGGCCUGGUGUGCCGCACCACACCAGCCUCGUGGCCUACCACGUGGCCGUGACCCUCAGCAGCCUCAACAGCUGCAUGGACCCCAUCGUCUACUGCUUUGUCACCAGCGGCUUCCAGGCCACCGUCCGAGGCCUCUUCCGCCGCCACGGAGCUGGCUACGAGCCCAACAGCAGCAACAUGGUCAGCAUGCACAAGAGCUCCAGAGGCUCAGGCCACAACCACAUCCUGGGCGCCAGCCCCAGUGCCUUCACCCAGGACCUGGCCAACGGGCCUGACGCUUAGUCUGCGGGACUCUGCAAGGGGACCAGAGGUCAGGACGCGGCGGGGCAGGCCAGGUCGAGGACAGCAGAGACCUCCACUCUGCCUGGGGGGCCAGUCGGGUUCCCGUUCAUUGACUGGGGGUGGCUGCCCAGUGCGUUGCAUGGAGAAAGAGCGUAAGGCCGCACGGCGCUGUGGGUAGCUAGCGAUGUCUGCCAUUGGCCCCACAGGGGAAGUUCUAGUCCGAAUGCUGAUCGCUUCCCCUCCCGGGGCACAUGCUGUGUCCAGGGAACACUCGGGGUAGCUGCUAGUCCAUCCUCAGCCGGCAAGGGAUUCCUCGGAAACAGGGACUAGGCAUCCCAAUGAGGUUCCCACCCUUCCCUUUCCCUCCCCCCAUGUCUGUCCCCUGCAGAGAGAAGAACAAGGACAGAAAGGAAAAGUCAGGGGACACAAAUGUCACGUGAGCAGACAGGAGGGGUUCCUGUCUCUGGAAGACCGCUGCCUGAGGCCCCCGUGAAUCACCCAGUAAGACAGCAUGACGGCCAUGGGGAGCUUUGCUGGAAGUGCUGUGACGUCUGGGCUGAUGCUUGAACCUGUAGCAGCCACACAAAGGAGAGGCUGUGUCCUGACCCCCAUCUUGUGCGGGAGGGGUUAAGCAGCACGGACAGGUGCCACGGCUGGGCCACGGCCACGUGAGAACCGAUACCCUGUCCCACAUCUUGCCACACCCCCGCACCAGCCCCAUGGAGGCAGCUCCAAUCUACCCAAAGCCCCCACUCCAGCAAUGACCUCAGAAGACCCUGCCUGCUGCCCCAGCAGCGCAGCAGGGCUCAUGGCCCCAUCCUAUGGAUGAGAAAACCAAGAGCAAAGACCGAGGGCAACGUGCAGCCAGGCCUACCAGCCUGAGUCUCCCAUCUGCCCACAUACAAAGCCCUUUGUUCUCUUCCAGGGUCAGAGAGCUCUGACCAGCAGCUCUGCCUGGCUGUCGUUUCUCCCCUGUCUUUCUUGGGGGGGACCGUUUUUCUGGCUUGGGUGUCCGAUGGCCUCCUCUGAGUUGCACUCCGGGAUUGCCUCCGAAAGCCUUCUGUGGAGCGGCCAAGCUCCCUGAGCCCUUUGUAGACUGCUGUCGGGGUCGGGGCGGGCUGGGGCAUUCCAGUCCCCAGGCCCCACCCUGGCAUUCAGCCACAGCCACGGAAGCAGGGUGAGAUAGAAUCUGGCCUCAGAUCUGCCCGGCCUCACAGAGAAGAGUCCUACAUGCUCAGUGGCUCCAGGCACAGUGCUCCAUCCUCCAAGUUCAGGCCCCUAGAGGGAGGACCUCGUGGGAAGCAGGAAGGCCGUUUAAAUCCCUAUGCUACAGAUGAGAAAACUGAGUCUCGAAGAGGGACAGGCCCGGCCAGGGUCGGAGCGAGCACCAGGCACUGCAAGGCCAGCUCUGUCUUUGCCAGCCCCUGCUGGAGCCCCACGUGAGCCGCUCCUCCGACCCCAGGACACAUCAGGCCCCUGCCUCCCUGCCGGAGGCCAAGGGAGUCCAAGGCUCACUCAGAGGCGGGUGAUGCUGCAGAGCCCCCAGCCGGGCUGCUUCCUGGGUCUGGAGGCUUGAGCAGCAGUGGGCAUGGUGGUCCUUGGCCUUGACUGGUACCAGGCAUGGUAUAGGAGCCUCUCCCCUAUCUCUCUCAGAGCGGGGCUGUGGCUCACCAGGGACCCAGAGCUGCACGGGGCAGCAGGGACCUGGGAGGCCCUGGCAAGAGGGAUGCUGAGCCGGGGGACCGUCAUGAGCGGUGCGUUUUCAGGCAGGGAAACCCCUACAGAGCUCUGUCUGUCCCCAGCCCUGGGCAGGCACGGGGUGGAGGGCUGGAGGGAGGGAGGGUCAGCGUCGGGUGUUUGCCCCAGGGGAGCGCCGCCUGUAGGCUCUCUUCCUGCAGGGUCAGCGUCCCCUGCUUCUCAUUCUCCUUUGCUCAAGAGUGAGUAGCUGACGCUGACGGACUGCUGUGUUUGGGGAUGGAGGAGUUGCAGUUUUUCUAGAACGAUCCCUUCCUCUAGGAGGAGGGGUCUCUGAAAUAGGUGAGCUAGUGCGGAUCUGGGGAACAGUGACCGGAGGGGGUCUGUCCCGCCCUGUUUCACAGCUGUGGUCUCCUUAAUCCCCACCAUGUCUGGAAGGAAGAGCCUUGUGGGUAGCAUCCAGGAAGGCGCCCGAGGCCCCUCCCAUUGUCCCCAAGCCUGAAAUCCCACACCCAACCUGGGUUUCUCAGGGCCACCCAGGGCGUGGGGGGGGGGCCUUCCACCACUGGAGCUUGAAAGGGUGGCCACCUGUCUUCUGCAGCUGGGGCGGGAAUUGGGUGCUGACCUCACACCUCCGAGGACUCAUUCUGACGACCCCCCCACACCGAGCUCUCUCUAGGUGGCCUCAGUUUCCCCCAGUCUCCACUGCUCUCUCUCCUCUCCUUGGCCUUGCAGCUGGAAGAGAGGGGGCUGGGGAAUCACCCCACAGCUCUCUCAGAGGCUCGAUCCCACCUCCUGAUGGCUGGCUCCCUCCUGCUCCUGCCUCCUUGUCGGGACUGAGCCCCAGGGCCUCCGGAGGAUGACCCAGACUGUCCUUGUUCCCAUGGAGGCCAGGGUGUAAGGUCUCUGCACCCCCUCCCCAUGGCCUCCCUUCCCUGAUUUUCAAAAAGCCCAAGUGAUAUGACAUGGCGUGUGUAUUUAUAUCUGAUGUAAACAAUCUCCUUAAUGAGAAGUCCUCGCCCUGAAUUAAACCUGUUUAUUCCCUUCGUGCUCUCAAUUCAGUGAGCACGGGGCAGGCCGGGGUUGCCAUGGGGUGCUGAGCCAGGCAGGAGCCCACACAUCCCCCAGCCCACUCACCGGCCAGGGACAGGCUGCGGGUGUGUGCCUGCACCAUCCCAAUGGGUCUUAGGGGCCUGGGGCCCCGCGCCUGUGAAGGGCGGGGGAUGGAAGGAGCACAGGCGGAGGGAUUUGGGGCGGCGUGGACACAGCAGCUGGGGUCAGGGCGAAGACCAGCGGAACGAUGGGUCCCAACCCUGCCCACCCAGGGAGAGGCCGUGGUUGUGGACAGGGCAAGCCAGCACACCCGCAGCGUCCCAUCAUAUCACCCAGGUGCCAUCUGGGGGUCAGGGGUUGGUGGGGGAGCAUGGGUCAGUUCGCAGAGG